UGUCGUUUACUGAUGUCAUUCUCAUUCAAGUAAAAUUUUGGUAAAAUUUGUUUAAAGUAUACCAUACAGACAUACAAUGAUAUAAUAAUCAAUGAAAAUAUAUUUUAAUUAUAUAUAACCAAAGAGUAUUUAACAAGUAUAACUCAAAUUGGAAUGAAUUUCUACAGCUAUUAUUGGAAGUUUAAUUUAAUAAAAAAUUUCAGAGCUUACAGUAAAACAAGUUUUCCGAAGACAAAAAGACUGCGAAGUAAAAUAGAUAUGGAUUUAAAAAGCCGUGAUGAUCCUGUUGUUGUUAAACUUAACACUCCAGAGUUUCAAAGUAUUUUUACUCAAGAAGUAUUAGAUUUGAAAAGGAUAUUUGAUAAAUACAAUUAUGAAAUCAGGAUAGCCGGUGGGGCUGUAAGAGAUUUGUUACUUGGUCAACAAGCGAAGGAUUUAGAUUUUGCUACAACAGCUACUCCUCAGCAAAUGAAAUAUAUGUUCACUGCAGAAAAAGUGCGAAUGAUUAACAUGACAGGAGAGAAACAUGGAACAAUCACACCCAGAAUAAAUGACAAAGAAAACUUUGAGGUAACCACAUUAAGAAUAGACAUAGUUACAGAUGGAAGGCACGCUGAAGUUGAAUACACUACAGAUUGGAAAUUAGAUGCUAAUAGAAGAGAUCUUACUAUCAAUUCAAUGUUUUUAGGAUUUGAUGGAUCAGUUUAUGAUUACUUUUAUGGAUAUGACGACCUUAAGAACAGAAGAAUUGCUUUUGUUGGAGACCCAGAUGUGAGAAUAAAAGAAGACUACUUAAGAAUUAUGCGCUAUUUUCGGUUUUAUGGAAGAAUAGCAGAGAAGCCAGAUAAUCACGACCAACACACUCUAGAAAUUAUAAAACAAAAUGCAGAAGGUUUACAAAAUGUGUCUGGAGAAAGAAUUUGGAUGGAGUUAAAAAAGAUACUGCAAGGAAACUUUGCUGGAGAAUUGCUAAAAGAAAUGCUGAAUGUCAACAUUGGACAAUACAUAGGUUUGCCCAACCCAAAUAUAGGAGAGCUAGAUAAACUGCUUAAAAUGAGCAAACAUUUAGGCUUGCACCCAAUGAGUUACUUAGCUGCUCUACUUAAAGAUAUUGAUGAUGUCACAUUUCUACAUGCUCGCCUAAAAUUCUCCAGUUAUGAACGAGACAUGACUUACUUCAUUGUUGAAAACAGAGAUCACACUGAAGAUUCUUCCAGACCUUUAUUAUACUAUGAAAAAUUAAUAUUAAACAGCAAAAUAAAACAAAAAGAUGUUAUUGAAUAUGUCCAAGAACUUCUUAAAUAUAAAGGUGAAGAGAAACUUUUAGAAGAAUUCAGAAAAUGGGAGAUACCUAGGUUUCCAUUAAACGGUAAAAUUUUAAAAGAGAAUGGAGUUCCAGCUGGCAAAAUGUAUGGCCGUAUUAUACAUAAACUAAAAGGCCUGUGGAUAGACAGUGAAUACAAGCUUACAACUGACGACUUAGUUAAAUUGAUUCCAAGUGUUAUAAAGGAAAAUAAAAAAUAAUUUAAUA